AUGUCCUUCAACGUCUUCUCCAUUAACGCACAAACUCAGAAGCAGCCUAAAACCAAAACAUGUGUUCCUUGUAACACUGUCAUCAAGCUUGGAGAUGGCUUAGGAAACUGGAAAACUCAUGUUAGCUCAUCGAAACAUCAGGUGAAUGUUGCUGACUAUGAUGCCUGCAUCGUCCGUGCUUCGGCUUCUAAUGCUGAGGAUAUGGACGUUGACAGCACCAAUUCGGGAGAGGAGCACCAGCAGCAGCAUAGUGGUAGCAACGACGACGUCGAAGACGACGAUGACAGUGACGACGAGUCGGUCGACAUUGCUGCUUUGCGUCAGUCGUACGGUGUUUUCCUCUCUCGGUGGCAGGAAUCCGGUGCUAAUGCCGAGUUCGCUGCUGAUGUGGAGAGUGAUGGUGGCAGCGACGAUGAAAUCGACGAAGGUGAUGAUGAUGGUGAUAAUCCGCUCGAUUUCAGCGUCGACUACGAGACCAACGAAGACUGGUAUCCUUUCGAGAACCAGUUGCAAUUUCGUCUUGCUGCCUUCUUCCCGCAGACGAUCGCCUGA